UCGAUCAUUAAAACUUCCCACGUCAGCGUCGUGACGUCGAUUUUACUUCGGCUGAAAAGGAAAAAGAAAGGAAAUAAAGAAGUGGGCUUGCGAGCGACUCCCCCUGCGAGCAUGAAGCCCACAGGUGUGCGGACGGGAUAAUGAACCGCUACUGUCUGUGGUUGACAGUGCGAGUCGGAUUAUGGAGCAGGGGCGCAAUGUGGCGUAUGGAAGCGGCGAGAGUCUGGCGGCGUCGUCGGGUUCACAAACCCUGGCCCAAGGAGAAGAAACGACGGUCACAAUCAAACUUUUCACAGCUGGACAACAUGACCCGGAGUUUGAAGGAGAGAACGAAGAUGAGACGCCAGGGGAUGAGGAUGAGGAUGAAGAGGACGAAAAGUUAGACGACAUCCUCUACCCGCCUCCCACAUCCCUCAGGAAGUCCAGUGACCCCGAGCUGCUGACUCAUGGGUUAAGUCUGGCUCUCAAACUGAAACGACAUCUCAGUGAGGAUGGAAAACAUGUUCGCAGACGGAGCCUGGGAGGUGGUCUCACAGGAAAGUACCUCCUGCUGCCCACCGCCCUGCAGCAGAUGCAGACGACACCACAACUGUCCUCGGAGACCUCCAACCUGCUUCGCAUGCGUUCCCUGAACCUCGGGAAGUCAGAUCCCUCCCUCACCUCCAGCAUGAAGGAGCUGAGUCUUCCACGAAGAGGCAGCUUCUGCAGAACGAGCAACAGAAAAAGCCUGAUAGGAAGCGGCCAGUCGUCAGGUUUACCCCGACCUCACUCUCCCCUCUCAUCUCUUGCGGGAACAAGCCCACAGGACAGCCCUAGAAAUUUCUCUCCCAGUGCCUCUGCUCAUUUCUCUUUUGCACGAAGUCAUUGCCACAGAGCAGACAGGACCGACGGUCGCCGCUGGUCACUGGCUUCACUUCCCUCCUCUGGAUAUGGAACCAACACCCCCAGUUCCACGGUCUCUUCAUCCUGUUCAUCACAGGAGAAGCUGCACCAGCUGCCCUUCCAGCCCACACCUGACGAGCUGCACUUUCUCUCCAAACACUUCUGCACCGAGAGCAUCUCUGGGGAUGAAUGCCGCAGGACGACGGCCAUGCGACCGCGCUCGCGCAGUCUCAGCCCUGGACGAUCCCCGUCCUGUUAUGACCAUGAGAUCAUUAUGAUGAAUCAUGUCUACAAGGAGCGGUUUCCAAAGGCCACAGCUCAGAUGGAGGAGAAGAUCCAGGAGAUCAUUCGCAGCAGCUCCCCGGAGAGCGUCCUCCCUCUGGCAGACGGAGUGCUCGGCUUCGCCCAUCACCAGAUCAUUGAACUGGCCCGCGACUGUCUGGAAAAAAGCCGGCUGGGACUCAUCACAUCCAGCUACUUCUGCGAGCUCACCGACAAGCUGGAGAGGCUUGUUCAGGAGUCCACAGAGAGGUCGGAGAGUGAGGAGGUGAAUUUCGUCAGAGAGCUGGCGAAGAAAAUCCUCAUCGUGAUAGCGCGACCUGCUCGACUGCUGGAAUGUCUGGAGUUUGACCCAGAGGAAUUUUACCACCUUUUGGAGGCGGCUGAAGGACACGCUAAAGAGGGCCAGGGCAUCAAAACAGACAUCCCCCGUUACAUCAUCAGCCAGCUGGGACUCACUCGAGAUCCUCUGGAAGAAAUUGCUCAGCUGACCAGCUGUGACAGCGGGAUCGCAGAAACCCCAGAAACAGAUGACUCUUCUCAUAGCCUCAGUUCGACCCUGAGGUGCCGAAGGAAACCCUGCGAACUGGACUUUGAGCUGGCAAAACUCAUUAGCAAUGGUGCCUAUGGAGCCGUUUAUUUAGUUCGACACAAGGAAACAAAGCAGCGGUUCGCCAUGAAGAAGAUCAACAAGCAGAAUCUGAUAUUGAGGAAUCAGAUACAGCAGGCCUUCGUGGAGAGGGAUAUCCUGACCUUCGCCGAGAACCCUUUCGUUGUGUCCAUGUAUUGCUCCUUUGAGACGCGGCGGCACCUCUGCAUGGUCAUGGAGUACGUUGAAGGCGGAGACUGCGCCACCCUUUUGAAGAACAUGGGUCCGCUGCCUGUGGACAUGGCCAGGAUGUACUUUGCAGAGACCGUCCUGGCUCUGGAAUAUCUCCACAACUACGGCAUCGUCCACCGGGACCUCAAACCUGACAACUUGCUGGUGACUUCCAUGGGUCACAUCAAGCUGACAGACUUCGGGCUCUCCAAAGUCGGGUUGAUGAACAUGACCACCAACCUGUACGAAGGACACAUUGAGAAAGACGCCAGGGAGUUCUCCGACAAGCAGGUUUGUGGGACUCCAGAGUAUAUUGCUCCCGAAGUGAUCCUGAGACAAGGCUACGGGAAGCCGGUGGACUGGUGGGCCAUGGGAAUCAUCCUCUACGAGUUCCUGGUGGGCUGCGUGCCUUUCUUUGGAGACACGCCGGAGGAGCUGUUUGGACAGGUCAUAAGCGAUGAGAUCAACUGGCCUGACGGAGAGGACGCUCCCCCUCUUGAUGCUCAGGAGCUCAUUACCCUGCUGCUGAGGCAGAACCCUCUCGAAAGGAUGGGCACAGGAGGAGCUGCUGAGGUCAAGCAGCAUUCGUUUUUCCACAACCUGGACUGGAACGGCCUCCUGAGGCAGAAGGCCGAGUUCAUCCCUCAACUCGAGUCAGAAGACGACACGAGCUACUUCGACACUCGCUCUGAGAGGUACCAUCACCUGGAGACGGAGGAAGAGGACACAAACGACGAGGACUUUAACAUGGAGCUGCGGCAGUUCUCCUCCUGCUCUCACCGAUUCUCCAAGGUUUACAGCAGCCUGGAUCUGUCUCGUGGGCAUCUGGAGGAGAAAGGAGAGAUGGAGGAGAAGAAGAGCGAGAGCCCGCUGACUGUGGACUCUCUCAGCUGGACACCAGACUUUGCUGAAAUGCCCUCGCUGUCCCACUCCACCGACACAGACAGCUUGAAUCAGGGCUCUCGUCCCAGUUUGCUGCCAAAGUUUGCCAUCUCGGCUGAGAGCGAAGGAGACGACACCUCGGGCCUCGGUGACCCCAGCAAAGCAUCUUUCUCCAUCGGGGAGCUGGCGCAGGAGGAGCCUGACGCCACUACUCCUGGCAGCACCCACAGCGGAGCCACGCUGUCAGGAAGCUUCUCAGAACAUCUGGAUCAGCUGACACCCAAAGGUGAGGGUGCGGUGAGCCCGGACGGUACCAAUCAUGCUUCUACAGACCAGGGCCCUCAGGCUGCCAUUCUAAGACCAGACAGCGCUGCAUCGAAGCCCGGAGCUGUGGCCAAAGUCCCCAAAUCCGUGUCAACUGGAGCUCUGUCCCUGAUGAUCCCCGGAGAUAUCUUCGGGGUGUCUCCACUGGCCAGCCCUCUCUCUCCUUACUCCCUCUCCUCAGACCCGUCCUCCAGAGACUCCUCCCCCAGCAGAGACUCCUCCCUCUGCGCCGCCAACCCAAGGCAGCCGAUCGUCAUCCACAGCUCUGGGAAGAAAUUUGGUUUCACGCUAAGGGCCAUCCGAGUGUACGCGUGUGACAGCGACAUCUACACCGUCUACCACAUGGUUUGGAACGUAGAAGACGGCGGUUCUGCACACAAAGCGGGACUCAAAGCCGGAGACCUCAUCACCCACGUGAAUGGAGAACCAGUUCACGGACUCGUCCACACGGAGGUGGUGGAGCUCCUGCUGAAGAGUGGUAGUAAAGUGGCCAUCUCUACAACUCCCUUUGAAAAUACGUCUAUAAAAACUGGCCCAGCCAGAAGGAACAGCUACCGGAGCAAGAUGGUGAGAUGUGGGAAAAAAAACAAAAAGGAGAAGACUCCAGAAAGGCGGCGCUCUCUGUUCAGACGCUUCGCCAUGCAGCCCUCUCCGCUGCUCCACACCAGCCGCAGUUUCUCCUCCCUCAACCACUCUCUGUCUUCUGGUGAGAGUCUCCCCGGCUCCCCCACCCACAGCCUCUCCCCUCGCUCCCCCACCGCCGCCCUACGCCCCGCACCAGAUUUCACCCAGUCAGGAGGGAACUCGUCCCAGAGCAGCUCCCCCAGCUCCAGCGCCCCCAACUCCCCCGCGGGCUCGGGCCACAUUCGUCCCAGCACUCUGCACGGCCUCGGCCCCAAGCUGCCGGGUCAGAGGCUUCGACAGGGGCGCCGCAAGUCUGCCAGCAGCAUUCCCCUUUCUCCGCUGGCCCGCACGCCUUCGCCCACCCCUCAGCCAGCGUCUCCUCAGCGCUCGCCCUCUCCCCUGUUCAGCGGACAUUCUGUAGCCAUUUCCAAGACAUCGCAAGCCUUCCCCGCCAUGAUGCAUUCCCCGCCAACGAUUGUGCGCCACAUAGUCUGCCCCAAAAGUGCAGAGCCGCCUCGUUCACCCCUCCUCAAGCGCGUCCAGUCCGAGGAGAAGCUGUCCCCGUCCUACACCGCCGAGAAGAAGCAUCUCUGUCCCAGGAAACACAGCUUGGAGGUGACCCAAGAGGAGGUUCAGGAUGAGGAGAUGAGGACUGGUGAGCGGGACUAUACCGUCCUGCAGAGUGUAGAAGAAACAGCCUGUGAAACACCGGCGGUCACCCGCCUACGACCCGUGGAACAGGGCUGCUUGAAGAGGCCCAUCAGUCGCAAAAUGGGCCGGCAGGAGUCUCUGGAGGAGCUCGACAAAGAGAAACUGAAAGCCAAGGUGGUUGUGAAGAGACAGGAAUGGUCGGAGAGGAGGGAGUCUCUGCAGAAGCAGGACGCCUUCCACGAAUCGGACUCUUUACUACCCUGUGGUGAGGACAGGGAGGAAGGGUUAUUGCUCCGAAGUAAAAACAAAACCCCCGAGUCCGGCCCGGGAGAAGCCAAAGCUGCUAGCGCAACACUCAAAGACGUCUUGUACAAAAAACUGUCUGCACGUGCCUCUGAGGCCGUGGCUGAGCCAUCCGGGUCUGAUGGCGAAGGCGUUCCCUGGUCAGCUUGCUGCUCCGUCCACCCAGAGCGGCAGCACUCUCGACAGAGCAAAGACGGCGUGAAGCCAGAGCGGCUGGACUUCAAAGCUCCCAGCAUCGAGUUCACCAGGAAGAGGCUGUCAUUCGAGGAACGGGAAGACUGCAUGUGCCGACUGUCAAGCGGCAUCCACGAGAACCUGCACUUUGGCUCCAUGAGAUCCAAGAGCCUCCAGCUGGACACGUCCAUGUCCCACGACCUCAUGAAGGGAAGCCUUCACUCCAAUCCUGAAGGUCUGGCGCCAAAACUCUUCUCCGGGAGGGGAGAGAGCGCCGUGGAAAAACUGCAGCUCAUCUCGUCCGCAGAGUCUCCGCUAAGAAAGACGUCGUCCGAGUACAAGCUGGAGGGACGCCAGGUCUCCUCCCUCAAGCCUCUGGAGGGCACGCUGGACAUCGGCCUGCUGUCGGGACCCAGAGUUUCCAAGCCGGAAACCUGUUUACCGAAGAUGAUGGAAAACACAAGUGACACUGUCUCCACCAAUCCUCCGGUCUGGCUCCAGAGUCCAACCGAGAAGCAGAUGACCGUCCCCCAACUGAAAACCAGUGACAAGGUCAAGAGUCCACUGACCUCUGAAGCGGUUUCUUCUUUCAAUGGCACAGUCGUCUCCAAAGAGCCGUCAAACAUCGCAGCGGCUGAAUUUAAAAUCCCCUCAAGCGGUGAGAAGACACAGGAAAAACACCGAGAAUUGCUGAAGUCUUCGAUCAGCAAAGUGGACACCUUCACUGUCAAACAGGAGAGCCGGACCGGAGCUAAGGCCGCCGCCGCCGCCUCCUCCACGCUGUCUCACGACCACAGAGCUCCUCGCCACAGCUCCCACUUCUCCUGCGGGAAAACACCCUCCAUUCGGGAAGUGAGCAACGAAGAUCAGGAGGAUGAGGUGGAGGAUGAUCACGUGGCACCAAGCACAACGUCUGAUGAAAUGCAGACUUCAGCAAAGACGGAUGUCGACGUUAAACCUCAGGCCGCAGCUGCCAGCGAACCUUCACGAAGCACAGCGGGUCGAAACUCGGUCUUUGAGAUGGGUCGGCUCCAGAGAACAGCUGCCGCACAGAACUUCGGUCCUCAACCGACUCCACGGAGGGCCUUCCCGUCUGCACUCGCUCCGGGGGAUGAGCUCUCCAGACAACAACCGCCAAACAUCUGCUCGUCACAAGUUUUUGAACGCGAUUAUAAAUCCUGCAGCUUAAAGUCGGAGCGUGUCUGUGAAGCAAACGUCGCCGUGGACUCUGCUAAGUCCAACGGAUCGCCUGUGAAGGCGACUGGAGGUUCUGAAAUCAGCACAUGCACCGCUAAGAAAGAUGUUCACACGGUUAAAACCGGCGCUUUGUCAAAUACAGCCACAGAAGACAAAGCGAAUGUGAGCAAAAACGAAAACGCUGUGUCUGGGGUGGAGGACGUGCCACAGAAGAAGGGAGCUCCCGUUUCACCAAAGAUCACAACCGGGCUGAGAGAUUCAGAGCUGCUCUCAAAACACUCCCCCUCUGAAAGAACCAAACAAAAAUCUGCAGAAUCUGAAAUCAAGAAAGAAAAAACUGUGAUCUCCCCGGCAAAGCUAAAAGGGUCGGCCCCGGCAGCUACAGGGGAAAAUGCUUCGAGUCCCAGGAGCAGGUCCAAACCUGACCCCCAACAUGCAACUUCCUCCACUACAAAGGAGCCGAAAUCCCACAUCGCUGCUGCUCCGGUCCCCAGAUGCAGUCCCAACUCAAAACAGCGAAAUCCGUCCAAAGAACCUGCAGCAGGAGCUCCAAACCGGAGAGAAGCCUCGUCGUCGUCCGCCGGGGCGGACGGGAAACGGGAGGAGUCGACACAUUCACCCUCCGGAGGAGACGGGAAGCACAGAGAGACGCAGUCCAGAUUCUCUGUAGCAGGAAAAGACAACACGGACAAGUCAAAACCGCUCCCUCCUAAGUCUGUCUCAGCCACGUUGACUCUGAAGCCUGCCGUCACUCCGACUCCAGCUGUUAGACCGACUCCAGAGGUCAGACCUAAAGACCACGCGGCCAAGAGCCAAGACUCAAAACCGAAAGACGUGAUCUUUCCCAUCGCUGCACCUCAGCAGCUCAGGAAGGAGACGUCAGGCGGUUCCGGUCAGCCUGAUCCGCCGCUGGUGCUGCCAAAACCUGCAGCGAAGAAGGAUGCGCUCUCUCAUGGCGGCGGGGCUGCAUCCGGCAGGGUGUCAGGCUGCGAGCCCAUCACCAAACCAUCUAAAGAGAUCCUCAAGACCGAAACCCUCAAACCUGACAGCCACAAGUCUCCUGAGACCCGAACCAGCACCACCGACAAGCCACUAACCUCCAGCCGGAAGGAGUCGGCGGAAAAGAAGAAAAAAGAAGCACUUCAAGAGGGCUCUACUGUGCAGAAAAACGCAAAAAGAGACGCACCAAGAGCUCCGCCGUCUGCUCUCAGAGACCCCGCGGACAGAGACGGCAGCAGGAGCAAACCACAGAAGGAGUCCCUGCGGAGCUCCGGCAACAAAAAAUGAAAUGGGCAGCCCACGCACUCGCUCCAGAGACUCCAUGUAAUUAGUCCAAGCGUCAUCACGCCCUCCGGUUUAGUUCCGUAUGUUUGAGGACCGGCGACGCUGUUACACGCCUGACGCAGCGGCGUGGACCAGCGCGAGACGUUCUUAGUCUGAAUGUAGGCAAUCAGUGUUUUACUAUCAAGUGAAUGUUUGAAAGUUUGUUUCCGUUUUUUUUUUUCUUCUCCACCACCGAAUGCUUCGUGCAAUCAGUGUGUCAAGGGUUAGGAGAAGAGCCUGGCAGAGGGGCGGAGCUUCGGAGGGGCGGAGCUUCGGAGGGGCGGAGCUUCGGAAAGGCUGUGACGUGCUGAAGAAUCAGUGCCAUAAAAGAUUUUAAAUUGCACUCUUAAACACGUAGACUCUAGCAGACCUGAAGUCCGGUGUUUCAAUGCAGUAGACCACACGACUUGGCUCAGCAGUUCGGCAGCUGGCGGAUUGUUUCUGCUCAUCUUUACGCGUUUGUUUGGCGCGAUUGAAGUCUGUGUUUUUUUUUUGUUUGUUUUUUGCAGUGGUACACAGAGGCAAUGUCCUGUGCUUUUCACCUAAAACUUAAAAAGAAACAUGUUCCGGUUAUAGAAAGGAAAAAUUGGUGACUGGGGCCUUAGAUUUAUGGGAAAUGACUUAAAAAAAUAAAUAAAAAUCUUGCUGUUCUUAGCAAGACGUGGUGUUAAUUCACAUUCCACUACCAUCUGUACAUAUGUUUUAGAUUUUUAUGCAAUGUAGUGUAAAUACAACGUGGUGAACCGGAGAAACGUGGGCUUACAUGGUUGUUGUUUGUACUUUAUGUAAAGACUUUGCAGUGUCCUGUUUGUAUGCUUGAUAUUAAAGCCCCACUGUGUAGCAGUACCACGUCUGAGCACGCAGGGCCAGCACAUCACAAAGUUAACCGGCAAAAGACAUGCCGGCCCAUCCCAACUUAUUAGCACAGUAUUGUACGUGGGUAUUCUGUAAACACAGCUGGUUUAUACACCCCCGUGUGGUCAGAUGUGGUGUUACUACAUAUGGUGGCUUUAACGUGUUCUGCUUUGAUAAGUGUGUGGUCUAAAGUAAGCUCCUGCCUCAUCAGUGGUAUCCUCCUCAUCGUGACAAAUGACAUGUUUCCACAUGUUCCAGAUUUGACUUGAAGGGUGAGGUGAAGGUGUGCAGGGCGGACUGGGCUGUUUCUAAAGAUGUAGCAUCAAAUCAAACUGUGAGAGGUGUUUUCCUAGAGUGUGCUGGUGUGUUUAGGAGGACGCUGAAAUGUCCGUGGACGGCUUCAGGCUUCACCCGGGCAAACAUUUUUACAAGGACUACAAGUGUUUGCAAUGCAUAGUUCACAUCCUGGACAUAAAUAUGACAUUAAUGUGCAAAUACUUGGUACUAGACCUAUAGGCGUGUAACCUCAUCACUUUCAGCUAUUUAGACACACUUCCAAACUUUAGAUGCCUUUGAAUCGAAAAAACCCUUGAAGACAGCCAGCAAGUAGCCGGGGCCUCUAGAGUUAGCAGUAUUUGCUCUGCUGCACAGGCGAUUUAAACAGCAGUUAUCUUAUCUAAUACCUAUAAUAUAUUUAACAAUUGAACUUGCUGCAGCAUUUGUAUCUAAAUGUUACGCACACUGUAUCUGGGAGGUAAUGAUUGACGGCAAAGAUGUAAAUGGUGGUCACUUUAUGUAGUAAUACUACUUGUGACCACACAAGGGCAGCAUAUCACAAGAAGCUUCAGCCCCUAGUGUGAGAGUCUUCUAAGUGCACCUCUAGUGGGCCAAAAGUGGCACUACGAACCACCACAGCUAAUGUACUCACCCCCUUGUGGUCAGACGUGGUGCUGCUGUGUAGAGUGCUUUUAAAAGAAGAAAACGUUUACCUGUGUUGGGUAUUUUAAAUGUAUUGUGAGAGAACAAAUGCACCUUAAAGUUAAUAUUAAUGGCUAGAGGAGGACUUUUUAAGCUGAAAGUGGAUAAAACACUUGAUUUUCAACAAUUAUAACCCUCUCAGCACCCUUUCCUUCUUUUUUUUUUCUUUUUUGUUUCCUGUGAUGAAAGACAUGUAAAUCCUCAAUGCACAUUCAGAGUUUGUUUACAAAGCAUCAUGGAUGAAUAUUUUGUAUAUCGUUGAUUUGCCAAAUCUACGUUCUGUGUCUUGGGUAACGUUGCUUGUAGCCGUGCGCUCCUUCGCCACCAGGAUGUUUGUUUGUGCAGUAAUCGGUGUCUUUUCACGCAUUGGGUUAUUCAUUGUCUGCCUGUCUCUUCGGUUCAUUUUCUUCCUCUGUGUAGAACUAGUGUUAGAUGAACUUGGUCACGAUGGUUUGUCUUUUAGAACAUGUGCAAUAAAAGUGUUUUGAGUUUUGUAUUUUUGCCCAAGGAAAGCUCUAUGGAUGUCAUAGAUGUUGUAUAUUAAAAGAUAUUUAUACUUCUAAUGUUGCGUAAUACUGAAAA